CUCAAUUUCUUCACAACGCACAUCCACAAACCAUGUCUGCCGCCCAGGACUUCCAAAUCACCGCCCCCGAAAUCUCCGAAUCUCUUCGCAAGGAGCUCGAGACCAAGGAAGGAGCCAAGAAUGUCCGCCUCAACCGAUUCCAGGUCAAGGAGACUUUGGCGUACCUCGAUGAAUUGAGGCCCAAGGUCAAGGAUAUCGACAACUUUUGGCUGAUCGCCUUGGUUCGUCUUUAUAUCUCCACUCCUGUCCAUUGGUCUCAAGACAUUGGGUAAGGCCAGAAGCGAGAUGAGAGCUGACAAUAUUAUGGAUAGAUGAGCCACGAAGCUGUCGCUGCCCACCUCACCGCCAAGGUGGACCAACACGCGCUCUCUUUCCUCCAGGAUAUCGAGCUCAAGCAGGACGUCAAUGAUUUCCGACCCUUUGAGCUUGUCUUCCACUUUAAGGAGAACCCUUACUUUACCAACAAGUCUAUUUCCAAGAAGUACUCUUUGGGUCCGGACACGAAGCCUGUCACUGGAGAGGACGUCUCUGAAGAGCUCGCCGAGUUUGACGAAGACUCUCUUGUCGUCGAGCCAUCGACAAUCGACUGGAAGCCCAACCAGGACCUCACUGCCCAAUUCCCUCGCAAGAUGCAGGGCGAGGCUGCCGGUAACGGCGAGGCCGAUGAUCUGGAGGAUGGAUUCGAGGGCGAUCCCGGAACUUUCUUCUGGUACUUUGUCGAGAAGAUGGACAUGUUCAACUUCGGUUUCAUCCUCAAGGAUGACAUCCUUCCCGACGCUUUUGCCUACUUUGAUGGUCGAGGCGCCGCAAACGCUGCCGACAUGCUCGACAGCGAGGACGAAGACGAUGAAGAGGAUGACGAAGACGAUGACGAAAUUGAUCUGGAGAAUGAAAAGCCCAAGAAGAAGAGAAAGGUGUGUCGAGAUGGUUGCUGUUAAGCCUCCGUCUUGAGAGGGGUGCUGAGUGAUCCUCUGCAGCUUUGAUACGGUGAUGUGAAUGAAGAUAUGAUGGCGACCAGGAUAAGAAUUCUCAUAGUUCUUUCUUGGGUUGAAUUAAGGCAUGGUGGUGUAGGACGAAAAGGUGUAAAAGUGUGUAUAGUCAAUCGCGAACAAAUGCAUGUCCUUGAAUAGCGCACA